AUCUGAACAUCUCUUGUUCAGAGCCCUUGUUCCUCUAACAGGAGGGUGGAACACACGGAAGGAAGUCCUUGCCAAAGCCCUGGGCCUCUUGCCUGUGCAACUUCCUGGAAAGUUACACAAAGCCCUCCUGAGGGCUACACAAGGCUGGGCUGAGAGCCAAGCCUUGGAAAUUCCGGAAAACUCCAAAGACAGAUGCCCCGGUCCUUUGUGACUUCCUGAUAAGGAAGCUUCUGUCCCCCACGCCCACCACCACCACCUAUUCCACACUCUGAGCAAAGGCCACAUCGCUGCGCUACCCUUGUCAAAGGAGGAAGCUAAAUCUGGGGUCCUCUAUGGUAAGUCCCGCCCAGAUAUGAGGCAAGCCCUUCACCUCACCACCCUGCCCCAGAGUAUAAAACUCCCGCCCAGGGCCUGACUGCACACAGCCCUGGAAGCCAUGUCCACCACGUCCACCAUGUCCUCCACGCUGUUUGCCUGGACUCUCCUCGCUCUUGUGGGCCUUGGAACCUCCUGCACUUCCAACGUGCCCCGCAGCGAGUGGAAGGCCCGGCCAUCCGAGUGCUCCCAGAGCCUGAAGCACCCAGUUCGCUACGUGGUGAUCUCACACACAGCAGGCAGCAUCUGCACCAGCCCCGCCUCCUGUGAACAGCAGGCACGCAAUGUGCAGCAUUACCACAUGAGCACACUGGGCUGGUGCGACGUGGCCUACAACUUUCUCAUUGGAGAGGAUGGUCACGUGUAUGAAGGCCGAGGCUGGAACAUCAAGGGUGACCACACAGGGCCCACCUGGAACCCCAUAUCUAUCGGCAUCACCUUCAUGGGCAACUACAUGAAUCGGGUACCCCCAAAGCGGGCCAUCCGUGCUGCCUUGAAUCUUCUGGAAUGUGGUGUGGCUCGGGGCUUCCUGAGAUCCAACUAUGAAGUCAAAGGACACCGGGACGUGCAGAACACACUGUCUCCAGGUGACCAGCUCUAUGAAGUCAUCCAACACUGGGCACACUAUCGAGAGUGAGAGCAUGACCGUGUGGCACCUCCCUAAAUCCCUCCUGCCACGUGCUCCCUCCCCGCCCCAUCCGUCCUCCCAGUGACCCCCCCCCCAAUA